CCCAGAAUAACCCAUCUGUCCAUUUGUUCUCUUAACUCCUUCAGAAAUAUCUACUACUACGUACACAAAUAUCUCUCUUCACACACGCACACGCAUAUAUAUAUAUAUAUAUAGAGAGAGAGAGAGAGAGGGGCAUUAAUUGAAAUAUAGAGAUGACGAACUUUCCGACAUGCAUCCAGUGCGGUACGAGAAGUAACCCUUGCCGGUGCAAGGUAUUUGGGCCCACACUUGGGUUCUUGGCGUUUGUGGCCACGGCGGUGGUGGAAUGGCCGGUGGGCGCUCUCGUCUACAUCUUCCGCCACUCGAAGGGCCGCCGCAUCAUGGCUCAUCCGGCCACCGUUGUUUACCCUAAGGUGUCCAGAGCCAUUCCCAUUUGAGCAUCUCUCUCAAUUGGAUGAUGUUGCCUAAAAAGAGAUAUGUUAGGGGGCUUUUUUUGUUUUUUUUUUUUUUUUUUUUUGUGCGCUAUUAUAGUAUAUGCUGAACUACUUAUGUUGAAAUUUUCUGUACUUACAUUUGAAUAAAUAAGAGAGUAAUUUUCAAUA